AUGGUGGUGAGAGAAUUGUUGUUAACAAUAUUAAAGAAACUGAAGGCGGGAGAGAAGACGGGGAGUAUUAAUAUAGAUGCAAAAAUAGCUGGCAAAAUAACGGUAGACAAGACAAGGGACCUCUCAGCUCUCCCACGUGAUUAUUUACGAGGGCCAAGUAAUUGUAUAGAACAUGUAGAGUGGAGUACUGGAGUCGAGCUAAUUAAGCAUGCUAAAGGAUCCACGACUUCCUUAUUGCCGCUGUUGGGGCUAGCUGCCUAG